AUGGUGAAAAUUCAUACACUUACUCUGCUCAUUCUUGUUGGUAUCUUAUUAUGUUUUUGUACAGAUUCCACCAAUGGAGUCGUGAAAAAAGUUGUUCAGUAUGCAUUUCGAUAUCAGGCACUUCAAGCAGCUAAAAGGCACUUUAAAAUCCCACGUGGUCAACAACCAAUAAAUACAGUCAAAGUUCCGGAGAGAAAUUCUAGAGAAAUGCUACGACAAUAUAAUUACAUAAAUAAUCAAGGAAAACCAAUUUCUAUUCGGCAAGAUAAUCCUCGAAAGUAUGGACAUCCACAAGGACAUGGAGAUCAAGGACCUCAUUUCAAUGCUGGUCCUACUGGAAGUAAACUUGAAAAACAUUUUAAUUUUGAUAAAUUCAACAAAAAUAAAGGAUAA